UCUCUAAUUUUGCAACAAAAGAAAGUAUGAAGAGGAAGUUGAAGAGGCAUGGUUGUCUUUACACUUCUUGAGGGGAGCUGAAGUUACGUUUGCUUUGGAAGAAUGCAGCAGAGGACGCCUCUUGAAUCCGACCUCCACAAAGCCGAGGUGACCAUCGAGUUUCUUCGUGCCCGCCUCGUUUCCGAGCGCUCAAUCUGCAAAGUUCUUCGUGGGAAAACAGCGGAUCUCGAAGGAAAGAUAUGUCAGCUGGAGAACAGGCUAGAGGGCGAGAUUGCUCGGCGAAAAAACGCCGAACUGGCGACGAAAGAGCUCAUCCUGGCACUCCAGUAUCCUGCUCCUCCCGUUGCUCCAUCUCCAACGCCGAGAAAACACCAUAUCUCGGAUCAAAAGCAAAAGCUCGCGACGACGCGAUCGCCGAGACCAGCAAACGACGAUGACAGUGGAUGCAACUGCAAGCUGACGACGAUCUUCUCGUUUCCACGCUCGAGCAAGCCGUGCGAUAGCGGAGCGAGCUCCAGUUCUUCGCGCAAGGCAGAAGCGUCGCCACCACCACCGCCGCCACCUUUGCGGGAGAUAAGUUUGAGGCAUGGAAUCGGCGAACAGGCAGCGCGGAUUUCCCAGUCGGGCAGGAUCAUCCGAGCUAGAGAAGAUCGCGGCGAGAGUUUGCCGCGGCAGCAAUCCAAAUCCAUGGAGCUGAUCCACUAUCGAUCGGAGCAGCAGCAAAUGUGGGUGGCAUUGUCCGAUAGCGAUGCGCAAUUGUCCCCAUCACCAUCGCCGCGGCGCCUUGGAAAAUCGUGUAGAACGAUCCCGAGGAGAGAUCUCUAGGGAGUAACGUUGUCUCUUCCAAAAAGAAAGUUCUUCGUGAAAACGAUGUUUUUGAAGAA